UAUUCUGAAGGUUUAUCUGCUGCCUUCAUGCUGGAAAGUCUGGUUUAUUCUCUAAGAGGGAAAAGUAAUUAGGUUUAGACCUGUCAGUAUCUGCUUUUCCUUCUUGAGGCUGGAACCACUAUAAAUUCUUGGGGGGAAGAGAAUUGAGCUGGACCUGACAUUGAGGAAAGUGUAAAGUUUGGGCUUCGUUCAGGAUGACAUGAUCUUGUUUACUACCACUGUGGAUUAUUCGCUUUGGAGUAACUCAUUUUAAUUUUAGGAGCCAUGGGGAGUUUCAGAGGUCAUGCCAUCCCUGGAACCUUCUUCAUUACCAUGGGUAUUUGGUGGACCAUAAAGUGCACUCUGAAGUAUGCCUGCAAAAAGCACAAACGGACUUCCUACCUUGGUUCCAAAGCAUUAUUCCAUCGCAUAGAAAUUGUGGAGGGAAUUGUAAUAAUUUGCAUGGCUUUAUUUGGUAUGCUCGCAGAACAGUUUGUUGAUGAAGGGCCCCACUUGGCCUUAUAUAACUAUAAAGAGGGCCAAUGGGUCCAACUCCUGAGCUGGCAUCAUUCUACCAUGUAUUUCUUCUUCGGGCUGGUGGGUGUGGUGAACGCCUUACGUUUAAUCAUCAGUUCAUUUCCCAUCUCCUUAAACAAAUUGCUGUUGUCAAACGCCUUAUUUGUGGAGGCUUUUAUCUUGUAUAACCACACUCAUGGCCGGGAAAUGCUGGACAUCUAUGUGCACCAGCUGCUCUUCCUGGUUGUCUUUGUGACAGGCCUGAUCGCCUUCUUGGAGUUCCUUUUAAGGAACAAUGUCACUGUGGAGCUUCUUCGAACAAGCUUUAUCCUGCUCCAGGGGAGCUGGUUCUGGCAGAUUAGUUUUAUCCUUUAUCCUCCCAGUGGAGGUCCUGGAUGGGACUCAGUGGAUCAUGACAACAUUAUGUUUCUCAGUCUAUGCUUUUGCUGGCAUUAUGCAUUAAGCCUUAUCAUUGUUGGAGUGAUUUAUGCCUUUGUUACUUGGCUGACGUCUGGGCCUCAUCCCCUUAGGGGCUGGGCAGCCUCCAAGAAUAAUGGCAACAUGCAAGGAGCCUCUCUAGCUCACAUCAGCUCUCUUCCAAGGCCAAAAGAAGACCACUGUCUCUUCCUGUUUCAAAAGGCUUCAGACCCCUCUUAUCCACUUACAGCUUUCUAGAAACCAGAAACUCCAUGUUUAUUUUUCAACACCCCCCCCUCACCUCCAGACACCUUUAUUUUUUGUGACCACUUUGUCCCCUCUACCUAGCAUAUCCAAAUCAAAUGCCAUCUCUUCUAUGAAAACUUCUGUGGUAAUUCUAGCCCUUAUCUCCCUUCGUGAGUUUGUAUAGUACUUUAGUUGCUACUACUCAUUUUAGCAAUUGUGAUCUAUCUCUACUAUUAGCUCAUGUCAAUCUUACCUGCUAGCUAGAUUGUAUCAUUUUAAGGAAAAGACCCUUUUCAUAUUGCGCACGGCUGUAGACAUACCAUCAAACAUAUAGUAGGUACUCAUUAAACACUUACUUGCUGUUUUAAGGGAUCUGCUCAGAGCUACAUGAAUAUGGGCUUUAUUUGUUUGAAAAUCACAUUUCUGAUGCUUUUCAGUUUUUCUCUCAUGUUGCUCUUGGAAAUGUAAGACCAAGAGCUCGUGUUGUGAGGUAUGUUGAUAUAAACUUAAGCAAUAACUUACGAAAUACCAUGAAGAUUCAGUACUGACUUUCAUGUCACAUGGCAGGCUAAAUCAGUCCUAUAAUCAUAAGGAGUUUUGAUAAUCUAUUUUUCAGAGUUUGACUCUAAAGUGGAUUGUUAUUCAGUCACAGGUGAUGGAUUUUCAGGACAUUAUAUUAGAAUUUGUUUGACAAGUGCAGAGAUAGCCAUGGAAGCAAAAUUGUAUUAUGGAAACACAACCCCAAAUCUCAUAAAAAUGAAGUUGUACUUCCCAGUUUUCUAGAA